AGAUGAAAGGAAAAAAAUAGAGAAGAGAGAUUCAAGACAAUCCAACCAAUCUGCGGUUAAUACUUGUGUGUUUCUUCUCUCUCAGCCCUUCCCUUCAUCUUUGGGAGUUUGGAUCUCGUAUCCUUUCUUCCAAUAAUGGCGAGUUGGUUCUCACCUAAAUAUGGUCUUAGAUCCAUUCUUCGUCUUCCCAGAACCUUAUUCUCAGCUUCAGCAAACAGAGUGCACAAGAACAAUGAAUAUCAACAGACAAAGAUAAAUGAGGUUCAAAAUGAAGAGGGGGAGGAUAAAAAUGAUGGUUUUAAUCCAGGUGCACCACCUCCAUUUAAGAUUGCUGAGAUCCGUAAUGCCAUUCCUAAACACUGUUGGAUCAAGAAUCCAUGGAGGUCGAUGAGUUAUGUUUUCAGGGAUAUUCUUGUGGUUGCUGCAUUAGCUGCUUCUGCUGAGUAUUUUAAUAACUGGGUUUUCUGGAUUUUCUAUUGGGCUGCUCAAGGAACCAUGUUCUGGGCUAUCUUUGUUCUUGGCCAUGACUGCGGCCAUGGGAGCUUUUCAAACAGUCAGAAGCUUAACAGUAUUGUUGGACAUCUUCUUCAUUCGUUCAUUCUUGUGCCUUAUAAUGGAUGGAGAAUCAGUCACAGAACACAUCACCAGAAUCAUGGACACGUUGAGAAUGAUGAAUCAUGGCACCCGUUGACUGAGAAGGUUUACAGAAACAUGGAUGAUACUAGUCGAAGCCUUCGAUUCACCGUUCCGUUCCCCAUGUUUGCAUACCCAAUAUAUCUGUGGCGCAGAAGUCCCGGAAAGAAGGGUUCUCAUUUCGACCCAAACAGUGAUUUGUUUGCACCAAAUGAGAGGAGCUGUGUGGUUAUCUCUACCCUUUGCUGGAUGACAAUGGCAGCAUCACUUGUAGUAUGUUCUUGUGUAGUAGGUCCAAUCCGAGUCAUCAAGUUAUACGGCAUACCAUAUUGGAUCUUUGUAAUGUGGUUGGAUAUGGUUACCUACUUGCAUCACCACGGCCACGAGCAAAAGCUUCCUUGGUACAGAGGAGAGGAAUGGAGUUAUCUAAGAGGAGGGCUCACAACAGUUGAUCGUGAUUACGGGUGGAUCAAUAACAUUCAUCACGACAUUGGAACUCAUGUUAUCCAUCAUCUAUUCCCCCAGAUUCCACAUUAUCAUUUGGUUGAAGCAACCAAGGCAGCUAAACAUGUGUUAGGUAAGUAUUACCGGGAGCCAAAGAAAUCAGGGCCACUCCCAAUUCAUUUAGUUGGAAACCUAAUAAACAGCAUGAAACAAGACCAUUACGUCAGUGAUAGCGGGGAGGUUGUGUAUUAUCAAACCGAUGAUCAGUUGUUUGAAAAGUCUAAAAACAAGUCAGAGUAAAAGCCAUGGAAUUGAAGGCCGUAACUCGCGCUAUUUUGAUCGUUUCAUCACCAAAAAAGAAAAAAAAAUCUUCCUUCAAUAAUUCAAACUGUAGUGAGAUGGAGAGGGCAACUCCAUUUUUGCCCGAACUUAUGAUUUUUCCUCUUUUCAUUUCACAAGUAAGAAAAUACUGUUUCGUGACGGAAAAUUUAGAGCUGAUAAUGUUAUUCAAUCUUUGGUGAUAAAAACUAAUGUGAUUUCAGCAAACAGUUAAAUUGCAUACAUCAUUGUUUCUUUU